AUCCUGGCAGCACGAGCCAUGCCAGCACUCUGGGGCUGGCAGAUGGGGCUCUGACCCCCGUCUCUGCCCUGGACUCAGCACUGCCUCCAGCCCUCAAACAGAGGCUCGGCUCUGCUCCAAACCUCAUCUGAGCCCUCGGUGAUCAGAAUUCGGACGGCCCAGAAUUUGGAGGGCUGAGCUGGAUGCUGAAUCAUUCCUUCUCCCUUUCUGCUCAAUAUCCCGAGCUCAGAAUGGACCUCCUUGACAGGAAGGGCUCCUGCUUGCAGCUGGCCGCCAUGCGGAACGUGAACAUCAUCCUGCAGCACUACAACUUCUCCGGCAAGCUGACCAACCGGCCUUCCCGGGAUGAGGGCAUGGGCCUCAUCCGCACCAUCUUCGUCAUCGUCAGCUGUGCCAUCAUCCUGGAGAACCUGCUGGUGCUGCUGGCUGUGUUGCGCUGCCUGCGGGCACGCCGCUGGGUCUACUCCUGCAUCGCCAGCAUCACCGUCAGCGACCUGCUGGCCGGCAUCGCCUACCUCUCCAACCUCUGCCUCUCAGGCAAGAAGACCUUCCAGCUGUCCCCUCAGCUCUGGUUUCUGCGGGAGGGCAUCCUCUUCAUCGCUCUGGCUGCCUCCACCUUCAGCUUGCUGGUGACGGCCAUCGAGAGGUACAGCGCCAUGGUGCGGCCGAUCGCUGAGAACGAGGCCAGCAAGACGCUGCGCCUGCGCGGCCUCAUCGUGUUCUGCUGGCUGCUGGCCUUCAUCAUUGGGCUGCUCCCGCUGCUGGGAUGGAACUGCCUCUGUGAUUUCAGCACCUGCUCCAUUCUCCUGCCCCUCUACUCCAAGAACUACAUCCUCUUCUCUGUGGUCAUGUUCAGCAUCAUCCUGCUGGGCAUUAUCGGCCUCUACAUCUCCAUCUUCCAGCUGGUCCAGGCCAGCUCGAGGCAAACCACCUCUCGGCACAGCCGCAAGCGCUCUCUCCGUCUGCUCAAGACGGUGCUGAUGAUCCUGGGCACCUUCAUCAUCUGCUGGAGCCCCCUCUUCGCCCUGAUGCUGUUCGAUGUGUUCUGUGAGACGCACACCUGCAGGCAGCUGCACAGCCUGGACUGGACCUUGGCUCUGGCCAUGCUCAACUCGGGCAUAAACCCCAUCAUUUACUCACUGCGGAGCGUGGAGGUGCGCCACGCUGUGUGCAGCCUGCUGUGCUGCUGCUGCAUAAGGAUCGGGCUCUGCAAGCCUGGGCACUGCCCGGUCAUCACCGACAUCAACUCGGGUUCAUCCACUGAGAGCUCCCUGCGCUACCGGGAGAGCUUCCGCAGCCCCAUAGCCGCGAUGCCACGGCCCAGAGCACCUCUCUCCAGCAACUCCAGCAUGAUGAGCAAUCUACCCAGUCUCUGAGAGGCCAAAAGUGGCCCAGAGAUCCCACUGGGACCUCAGAGUGCUGGGUGCGGCUGUCAGAACUGUGUCAGAUGCUGUCCAACCCCCGCUGCUGACUGUGGCCAGGCUUUGAGCAGGAGGUGGCAUAGAAACGUGCUCCUGGAGGGCAGUGAGGGAUACAGGCACAGGCUGGGACAGACGCUCUGCUCAAUGGAUGCUGUGCUGGGGUAGGACUGGGUGCUGCUCCAUGUCUGCACAUAUACAGCCACUGUACCUGCUCUGGUGAGGGCAUUUAGCCCCAUUGUGCCCCAUGGCACAGAGAUGGCACUCCCCACUUGGACUUGUAGGGGUAUCAGCAGCAGAGAACUGAGGGUUGCAGGAAAUUGGACCACCGCAGCCACGUCUGCACCCACUGCUGCCCA